AGGUUUUAUAGAGUCACAUGGUCCACAAUACAAGUUCUUCCUCAGAUCCGCCAUCUUUCCUCUCCGCGUGUUUCUGCUUUGGUUUUCGGUGUGGAGCGGUCCAGUGAAAGAACAGCUCGUCUGCCUUCUAUUUGCAGAUAAAAUGAAUCAAGAGAAAUUGGCAAAACUCCAGGCUCAGGUCCGAAUAGGUGGAAAGGGCACAGCACGGAGAAAGAAGAAGGUUGUACACAGAACAGCAACGGCUGAUGACAAAAAACUACAGAGUUCUUUAAAGAAACUGGCUGUUAACAACAUUGCUGGUAUUGAGGAGGUGAACAUGAUCAAGGACGAUGGGACUGUGAUUCACUUCAACAACCCCAAGGUGCAGGCCUCUCUGUCUGCCAACACCUUCGCUAUCACGGGCCACGCAGAGACGAAGCAGCUCACAGAGAUGCUCCCGGGCAUCCUCAGUCAGCUGGGUGCCGACAGCCUGUCCAGCCUGCGCAAACUUGCAGAGCAAGCAGUUUUUGAUAACAAAGCACCCAAAGCAGAAGACAUUGACGAAGAAGAUGACGAUGUACCAGAUCUCGUAGAGAAUUUUGACGAAGCCUCGAAAAAUGAGGCAAACUGAGAUUUCCCCGGAGAAGAGGGAACACAUUUGUGGGACUGCAUUCAAGAGGCAGCUUGCUCCUUCGUCCAUCAGAAAAAACUGAUGUAGUUCAUCACCACCACUACCCACCAACUGAAGACUUUUUUUGUAUUUUUAACAGCCAGCCUGCUUCUGGAUCUUCCUUUCAGAAGGACUUGUGCUCUUAACAGCAAAGCCCCAAACGAUACCCAAUGGUUAAAAUUGACCUCUGAAUUGCCGGCCCUGGCUAUGGUACCAGUGGCCAGGAAGAACGCUAGUCUUAUUUAAGUUUCGUUUUUUUUUUUUUUUUUUUCCUUUUUGUGAAACACGAAAUAAAAGAGAUUGAUUAACCUU